ACGUGAAUAUAUGUGGAAACUGGAAAGGAAGUUGUAACUUGUAACUCGUUUUCGUUUACUCGACGUGACUAUUUACGUGCCAGGCGGUAGUAUGACACUGGUCACUCGGAAAUCAUAUCAAUAUUAUUGUUACGAGAUGACGGUAAUUUAAUCUAAAUAUUGAAUGUACAUACCUAGUAAUGAAUAGCUAACAAUGUUGAUUAUGAUUUAGUUGUCGUAAGACGCGUAUAGUAAAUCCUCGAUAUGAUAAACAUUUCAAGACUUAAAGUGCUGUGAUAUUGAAUUUCGUUAAAAAUAAAUAAUAAUUAUAUAGAUAAUUAAUAUAAAAUGUCUGCCUUUCCACAAGUCAAGGGUUACCAAAUAAUUAAAAAUAUCGGAAAAGGAAGCACGUCAACUGUGUAUCUAGCUCAUGUCAAGGAGAAAACCAAUAAUAUGGUUGCAAUAAAAGUUAUAGAACGCAGUAAAUUAUCCAAGAGUGCAGAGGAUGCUGUAGUAACUGAAAUAGGAGUGAUGAAAAAAUUUAAACAUAAACAUAUUGUUCAAAUGAUUGACUUUAUAUGGGAUCGUAAAAAUAUUUAUAUUAUACUGGAACAUUGUGAUGGUGGUGAUUUGUCAACAUUUAUUAAACAACGUAAAAGACUAUCUGAAAAAGUAUGCCGUAAAUUCAUGCAACAAUUAGCCUUGGCUCUGCAAUUCUUAAGAUCUCAUAAUGUUUGUCAUCUUGAUCUCAAACCACAAAAUUUACUACUUAUGAGGUCACCGCAACUAACUUUGAAAGUUGGAGAUUUUGGCUUAGCAAAUUUUAUGAGUGAAAAAACUCAAAUGGAAAAUAUUCGUGGUUCACCUCUAUAUAUGGCUCCUGAAAUGUUAUUACACAAUCGAUAUGAUGUUAAAGCGGAUCUUUGGUCAGUUGGAGUGAUUGCUUAUGAAUGUAUAUUUGGACGUGCUCCGUACGCUUCAGAUUCUAUAAAAGAUUUAUGUGAGAAGGUUAAAAAAGUCUUACCAAUAGAAAUACCACCUAAUCAAGUCAGUUCAGAGUGUAGAAAUUUAUUAUUGGGUCUUCUCAAACACAAUCCAUCUGAGCGAAUGAGUUAUCACCAGUUUUUUAAACACCCAUUUGUAGAUUUAGAUCAUAUGCCUACUACUGAAUCAUAUGCUAAAGGACUUGAAGCUAUUCACCAAGCAGUUCAACUAGAUUCUGAAAAGCAAUAUAAAGCAGCAUUUAGUAAAUAUUGCAUAGGUCUGCAGUAUUUAAUUCCUUGUUCCCAAAAUGAACCUGAUAAAAUUAAAAAAGAAGCAUUUCAAAUAAAACUAAAUGAAUACAUUAAGCGCGCAGAAGAAUUGAAAGCUACUUUAUAUGUUUCAAAGAUCAAAAUUAGUAGUGAAGAAAAAGCAGACAACUCUUCAACAUCAUAUGAUGACAGUUAUCCAACAUUAACAUCAUUAUGUCAAAACACACCUCAAUUAGCCAAUGCUGUAGAAAUUGCACUAUCUGGUCAAAUGUAUCUAGUUGAAGGACAAUAUGAAGCAGCCUUGGAGAAGUAUACAAUUGGUUUGAAUUUAUUAGAAAAGCUUUUAGAGAAAGAACCUCCGGGUAUCCGAUAUAAUUUACUCAUCAAACAGGUGACUGAUUGGACAAGCCAGUGUGAAAAUGCUAGAUUAUUAUUACAGUCCAAGGAUCAGAAAGUUAAUGAUCAACCCAUUGAUGUUCCUGAUGGAUUUUCCCCAAUAUCCAAAGGUAAUUGCCUGUUAAUGAGUUGCGCAUGUUUGAUUUUAAGUGUUGGCAUUGUUUAUAUGUCAAAUUAUUUUAAUUAAAUUAAAUAAAUAUUAUUUGUGAAUUAAGAGGAUACAACAGUAACAAUUUUUAAGAGGUUCGAUGUAUAAAUUAUUAUUUCAAAACAUAAAGUCAAA